UUAUUAACGGCUCUUAUCUAGCUAGUCGGAAUCUCCAUCGUGUGGGAUUAGAACUCCCUGAAUCCGCAAGUACGGCUACUCAGCCGCGAAUCAUACCCCCGGAGCAGACCAGAUCGACAUGGGUGUCCCAGCCUUGUUCAGAUGGCUCUCAAAGAAAUACCCGAAGAUCGUCGAACGGGUCAUCGAGGACAAGCCUGAAAAGGUGACCGGACCUGAUGGCAAGGAGACUUACGAGGAGAUCAAUUAUGGGGGUCCGAAUCCUAACGGGUUCGAGGUCGAUAACCUGUACUUGGAUAUGAACGGUAUCGUGCAUCCGUGUACCCACCCUGAGGGAAAGCCUGCUCCCGAAACCGAGGAAGAGAUGAUGGUCGAGGUCUUCAAGUACACCGAGCGAGUAGUGAACAUGGCCCGACCCCGGAAGGUCCUUAUGAUGGCGAUCGACGGUGUGGCGCCUCGAGCCAAGAUGAACCAGCAGCGAUCGCGAAGAUUCAGGGCUGCACAGGAGGCGGCAGACAAAGAAGAGAGCAGAUUAGAGGCGGUCAAGAUGUUUGAAGAGAUGGGUCAUCCCGUGAGCGCGGCGACUCAGGCUGAACUUGACAAGAAGGGAUGGGACACGAACGCGAUUACGCCAGGUACACCAUUCAUGGACCUACUGGCGGCGAGUCUACGAUAUUGGGUUGCCUGGAAGUUGAACAACGAUCCUGGUUGGAAGAACCUCGACGUCAUCAUCUCCGAUGCAUCUGUACCUGGAGAAGGAGAGCACAAGAUCAUGGACUGGAUUCGAAGACAGCGGACACAAGCGGAGCACGAUCCCAAUACGAGCCACGUUAUUUACGGUUUGGAUGCCGACUUGAUCAUGCUAGCUCUGGCGACUCAUGAACCCUACUUUAAAGUUUUGCGAGAAGACGUUUUCUUCCAGCAGUCUCGCGAUUCGGGUUGCAGGAUCUGCGGACAAGUCGGGCAUAUCGCAGCUCAAUGCACGGGACAGAAAAAGGUCAAACAGGACAAGCACGACGUCAAGAACGCUCCGGUAGAAGAGAAGCCGUUCAUCUUCCUAGAUGUCAGCACUCUACGAGAAUAUCUAGCUGUCGAGCUCGACUUGCGAUCGCCGGUAGUACCUUUUGAGCUCGAACGAGCCAUCGACGAUUGGGUCUUCCUCAUCUUCUUUGUCGGAAACGACUUCUUGCCCCACCUGCCAAGUUUGGAAAUCAGAGAAGGAGCCAUUGAUACCCUUCUCCGGAUAUGGAAGCGGGAGUUUGAGAGGAUGGGUGGCUAUGUCACCAAUCACGGACGAGUCGAGAUGGACCGUGCCCAAUUCAUCUUGGAGGGUCUCGCUGCCGAUGAGGACAGCAUCUUCCAGAAGAGACGGGAAGCCGAAGAGCGACAGAACCCAGCCAUGAAGCGGGAGAGGAAUACCCGAGGGAAUGACCAAGGCAAUGCUCGAAGAAACACCAGAGAACAGGCACCACCUCCUGGCACUAUACAAGCACACGAGGUCUCCUUGGUCGAAGUCAGCGCGCCGCCCGUCAAGUCUAUCCAUCAUUCUCUGCCGGCUCGGCCCGGUUUCAUGCCCGCUGCUGCGCCACCGGCAGAGAUGCCUGUAAUCGGACAGCGUGGCAAGAUGAGCCUUGUUGAUCAUCCGGUUCAAGAGGAUCGCACCGUGAUCAAGAAGGCGAACAUGUCUGCUGCCGAAGCUCUUCGAGCCAAACUCGCAGGUUCAACAGAGGUCUCUACAGAAACCGAAAAGACGGAUGAGGAGACAAAACCAGACUUGACGGGUGAAGAUUACGAUCAAGCUGGCGAGGAGGCUGGAGAUGGUACCUCGCCUCGUGGAAAGAAACGGAAAGCGAAGAAUGACCGGCCCGUCCCAGUCAUCGCGAAGGAAGAAGAGGACGCUCUUGACGACGAAGACGAUGCAGACGAGGACGAAGCCCCUCCCAACCCGGAUGCGGAUCAACCUCUACCGAAGAAGUUCAAGCUGAAGAAGAAUCCGGAUGGUACCGUAGACUAUGAGGAUACCGUGAAACUGUGGGAGCCCGGUUACAGAGAGCGUUAUUACCGCGAAAAGUUUGGGGUAGAGUUGAGCGAUAUAACGUUCAGGACCGAAGUCGUCAAAGCCUACAUGGAGGGAAUGAAUUGGGUUUUGCACUACUACUUCCAAGGCACCCCAUCGUGGGAAUGGUUCUACCCGUUCUACUACGCCCCGUUCGCUGCCGACUUCAAGGACAUUCAAAACUACGACAUUGCGUUCACUAUGGGCCGACCUUUCAAACCGUUUGAGCAGUUGAUGGGGGUUUUUCCUGCGGCAAGUAAGAAGCAUUUGCCAGAGCCGUACCAGCAACUGAUGAUCGGCGAGGAUUCGCCGAUCUUGGAUUUCUAUCCUCCCGACUUCGAAAUCGACAUGAACGGAAAGAAGAUGGCAUGGCAAGGUAUCGCUCUGCUGCCUUUCAUCUCUCAAGACAGACUGCUCGGCGCGAUCGCUACGGUAGAGCCGCUUUUGACUCCGGACGAAAAGAGACGGAACACGAUAGGAGACAACGUCAUGUUAAUAUCGGAUGACAACGAUCUGUACCCCAAGUUUUGCGAGUUGUACACGAAAAAGAAGGCGACGAGAGCCGUACCGAUCGACGGCAAACUGUCAAGAGGUAUCUGCGGAGCUGUUCUCGACGAUCCGAAAUGCAUUCCAGGAGCCAGUCUCGACUCGCCCUUGAAGGACGUGGAAGAAUGCCCAGAUAUCACCGACAACCGAACAUUAUCCGUACGGUAUUACUUCCCGAAAAUGCUGCGGCCGCAUCGAUCGAUGCUACUACCCGGUGUUAGGCACCCGCAAACGGUGCUCAAUGAGCAGGAUCGAGAGCAGACCCGCACGGGUCGAAGGGGAGGCAGAGGAGGCCGUGGAGGUGGAAGGGGCGGCGCGUUCAACGGUCCUCCUCGUGGAGGUGGGCAGACUGCUGCUUACUCGGCUCCGGCUUACGGAGGGUAUGGAGCCGGCGGUGCCCAGCAACAGCCUCCAGCUCAACACUACGCCGGCAAUCCUGGAGGCUAUGGAGUACCGGCUGGCGGCUAUGGGCUCGGAGGUACGGGUGCUUACAAUGCUGGCGGAGCGUAUGGUGGCUACGGAGGGUACGGUGGGGCAGGUGCUGCUUACCAGACUGCUUACGUACAGCCUUCGUACGGCGCACCUGCCGGUCAGGCUGCUUAUGGUGGAUACGGAGCCGCGCAAGGUGGCUAUGGAGGAUAUGGGGGUGCAGCCGGCGCUGCUGCCGGAGGGUAUGGAGGCUACGGUGGAUAUGGGGGAGGCAAUCUCGGUCGAGGAGGAGGAUAUGGGGGCUACGGCCAAGCUGCGCCCCGAGGAGGAAGGGGUAGGGGAGGUUACUGAUCUUUCGAUACAAAUUUCGACUUCGUGCAUAAUCGUGCUUGUGCAAUUUCUCAAACGGCAAACGAGAAUCUGUCCUUCGGGUUGUAUAUAAAGCGAGCAAAACAGGCGGAUUUACAUGCGAUAUGACCACGACCUCUUCUUCGUUCAC